GAGCGCCUGUUCGAAUGCGAACAUUGUGGCAAACACUUCAAGCGAAAAGCCGGUCUCACUUCCCAUAUACGAACCCAUACUGGAGAGCGUCCCUUUGGCUGCGAAAUUUGUCCGAAACGCUUCAAGCAAAAAUCCGGUCUCACUUCCCAUAUACGAAUCCAUACUGAAGAG